UGAAUUAGGGUUUGCGAUUAGACAGCCAAGAGAAAGUAGGAGCGGGAGAGCGAAUCGUCGGCUGAUCGGGAAGGCUAGAGAAGCAGCAGCAACCAUGAGGCCUAUUUUGAUGAAAGGGCAUGAGCGGCCACUGACGUUUCUGAGGUACAACCGGGAGGGAGACCUACUCUUCUCCUGCGCCAAGGACCACACACCUAACGUCUGGUUUGCCGACAACGGUGAGAGGCUCGGCACCUACCGUGGCCACAAUGGCGCCGUCUGGUGCUGCGAUGUCUCCCGGGAUUCCAUGCGGUUAAUCACGGCCAGUGCUGAUCAGACUGUGAAGCUUUGGAAUGUGCAGAAUGGAACUCAGCUUUAUUCGUUUAAUUUUGAUUCUCCAGCUAAAUCGGUGGAUUUCUCUGUUGGUGACAAACUUGCUGUAAUUACCACUGAUCCAUUCAUGGGUUUGCCAUCCGCCAUUCAAGUGAAGCAAAUUGCCAGAGAUUCAAGUGAUCAAAUCAGUGAUUCAGUCCUUACAAUCAAGGGACCUGUGGGGCGCAUCAACAGGGCUGUUUGGGGACCACUAAACAAGACUAUCAUUAGUGCAGGUGAAGAUACAGUAAUCCGUGUGUGGGAUACUGAGACUGGCCAGCUGUUGAAGGAAUCUGACAAAGAAACUGGUCAUCAAAAAACAAUUACCUCACUGUCAAAAUCUGCAGAUGGUUCCCAUUUCCUAACAGGUUCCUCAGAUAAGUCUGCUAAGCUUUGGGAUAUGAGAACUUUAACACUUAUCAAGACUUAUGUGACAGAACGUCCAGUAAAUGCUUGUGCUAUAUCUCCACUGCUUGAUCAUGUGGUUAUUGGGGGAGGCCAAGAAGCAGUACAUGUCACUACCACUGACCGACGUGCAGGAAAAUUUGAGGCCAAAUUCUUUCACAAGAUUCUUCAAGAAGAAAUUGGUGGUGUAAAAGGACAUUUUGGUCCAAUAAAUGCUCUGGCUUUCAACCCUGACGGGAGAAGUUUUUCAAGUGGAGGCGAAGAUGGUUACGUGAGACUCCAUCAUUUUGACUCAGAUUACUUCAACAUCAGGAUGUGAAUAUGUAACCCGAGGUGUUACUGAGGCUGUUUCUGAGUGGGAUUCCCGAACGAUCUGGGAAGAGUUAUUGUUCAUUCUGCGACUGGCUUUCAAGCAACAUGUGAUGUAACUCGGAGAGGAUAGCUCUUAUUUUUCUGUCGUUGAUAUGUUAUAUUCUUGAUUGAUAACUAAACAUUUUGAUGCCGAGUUUUCACUCUUAAUCCAAACCAUGCAAGAAGCAUGUAUCCAAUCA